UGAAGAGGAUUUGCAAAUCAUUGUAUUCUAUAUAAAAGUUAUGGCUGAGUAAGAGUAUUUGUGGACCAGCAGCCACAGUGGGGGACACCCCAAGUCUACUAGGGUCCCAGGAGUGGGGGAUGGUGCUGAAGUGAGGCGUGUAGUGGAGACUGCAGGGUGGAGUGUUAGCCACUUGGCAUGUGUUGUGUAGCCACAGACGGACAUGUAGUCUCUGCUGUGCAGGAUUUUCCAGGUUUCGGGCUCGUGUGUGAGGAACAAUGCGGAGAUAUGUGCAGGCUCUGGCCGUGUGCGCGGUGUUUGCCCUGCUCUCCGUCCUCUACGUGCUCAGCGAGCUCCGCGCUAACAGAGCAGCAGCUGCCCCGAGACUGUCCCCCUCACAGGCCAACGGGCGCCAGACGAAGCAGAGCCAGUCUCACGGAGAGCCUCGCAGAGACGGCAGAAAUGCUGCGCAGAAAUCAGUUUCAGCUGGAAAGCGAGGAGAGGAGAUGAUGCAUCUGGCAGUGGUGGCUUGUGGGACGAGACAGGAGGAAGCUGUCAGCCUGCUCAAGUCUGCAGUCAUACUGAGUCAAAGAGCGAUGAGGUUUCAUAUAUUUGCUGAGGAUCAGCUGCAAAGCCAUAUAAAGACAGCUCUGGACUCUUGGCCUGACUUCAUCAGGCAGAAGUUCAGCUACGCUGUGCAUCCGGUCUCCUUCCCCAGCCAGCACCAGCGAGAGUGGAGCAAGCUUUUUAAACCCUGUGCAUCACAGAGACUUUUCCUGCCUAUGAUUCUAACAGAGGUGGACUCCCUGCUGUAUGUGGACACGGACGUGCUGUUCCUGCGGCCUGUGGAGCUGCUGUGGGAGCUUUUCACGCAGUUUAACUCCAGCCAGCUGGCGGCGAUGACCCCGGAGCACGAGGAGCCACGCAUUGCCUGGUACAGCCGCUUCGCCCGCCAUCCAUAUUACGGAACGACAGGCAUCAACUCUGGUGUCAUGCUGAUGAACUUGACCCGAAUGAGGCGGGCCCUGUUCAAGAAUGACAUGACGGCAAUUGGUCUGCACUGGGAGGAACUCCUGGUGCCCCUGCUUCACAAAUAUAAACUAAACAUCACCUGGGGAGACCAAGACCUCAUUAACAUCAUCUUCCAUCAUAACCCUGAGAAGCUGCUGGUGUUCCCAUGCCACUGGAACUACCGUCCUGAUCACUGUAUCUACGGCAGUAACUGCAGCCCAGCGGAGCAGGAAGGGGUGUUUGUUCUUCAUGGGAACAGGGGCGUGUUCCACAGUGAGAAACAGCCUGCGUUCAGGGCUGUGUAUGAAGCCGUUAGACAGUACUCCUUUUUAGAGGAUUUGGUAAACUCCUUCUGGUUGCCCUUGGAGGAGAAGCUGAAUGAGACCACUCACACGUACUGUGGAAAAAUCAGUCAUCUCUUUACCAAGACGCUGAGCCAAACCUCAAGAUCCACCCAGAGAACCACUUCACCAGGCCACGGAAACCAAGCUUAAUAUAUGCUGCUUUCUCCCACUGGCUUACCAUAUUAAAGACUGCAUGUGCCCUUGGAUUUGGUGAUUGACAUUAUGAACUGGAUUCAUUCAGACCUAAGCUUAUACUCCCCUUAACCUUAGAUUAAAUGGAUGGAUGGAUGAAUGCCACUGCACAGUAAGCUCAGCACAGUUAAUUGGUUAAAGUCAGAUGAUCAACGUUGAUUUGAUAUGUGGAUGUUUCCUCAUCGACCUCCUGUUCAGUAAAAGCAGCCUCGGUUGCUGGACACAGAAUGACACAUUCUGUAAAACCGGAAGCAGAUAUUUAUAGAAUACAUCGGUAUUUUUAGAUUUGGUCAGUUUGCUUCGUCAUCGUCUGUUUCUGUUUAAAGGUAAAGCUAAACUUGGUGUAAGCGUUUGGCCCAGGUGAGAAAAGACGGCAUGUGGUAUGUACAAAACGGUUAAAGUGGCCUUGAUUCAGCAGGAACAGAAAAAUACUCAGGGAUGUAAAUGUGUAUAUUUUUUGCUAAAUGGUGUAAAUAAAAAGAUCUGAAAGUAUU